AUGCCGUACGUCGAGGACACAGACUUGCCACUUCUCCAGGGCAACUCACGUCGUCAGGGUGUGCCACUCGUUAAGAGCGACUUGCACCUCAUGAACGACAUGGAUGAGUACGUUUGCUACGGCGACCGUAUAGCCUUCUUGUGUGAAGGUCAACUUCUCGCACUCACGCGAAAAUUCAAUCUGACGUACCAGCAGAUGGCACUACUUGCCGCCUCGACACUUGCAACUGGCGGACUAAUGGGAAUUGCUGGAUUUUUUGUCUGGCGAAAAGGACUUUUUCGGAAGCGCUACGCUGCGUUGUUUGGCGAUGAAGUGUAUAGUGAAGAAUCAUUCUCAGAACUCAUCAAAGAUCAAGCUACUAUGACAGGAGACCAGUUGCCAAUUUUAGGAGAAAACAAUCGUUCGCGCAAGAAGACGCUUUCAAACGCCUCUAGUCGCAUUUCUACGACGAAUGGCGUGACAGGAGAACCUGAUGCGCCAGUUGGGGGAUCGAAGGCCGCCCAUGGCUCUGUGGCAUUUAAAUUGUAUGAAUUUGACCCAAAAAAACAGCAAUUGAUCUUUUCUAGUGUUGGUUUGCCAGUGAAGUUUGGGACACCACUUGUUGUCGUACAUGCAGAAACUGGACGCGCAAUUCGGUUUUUAAUCCAUCGAGGAGCAGUGACGAUAAGUAAACCACCCGUUAACUUGGCGUUUCAUCGUCAGGUGCGGGCCAGUCUUCUUGCCAUGGAAGACUCGACUGUGCAGUUGAAUGCGAUCAAGCGAUCCAGACCACAAUCUGUCACUGUUUCGUCGAACAACAUGCAUAAUAACAAUGUUGUUAAUGCUAUGGGAACCUUACGCGCAACAGUAGCGGACCCCUUGGAACGAGUUGAACCAAAAGUAAGAAACCGGAAUGAAUCGCAACAUUAUUCCCUCGAAGAUAAUAUUGUUGAUCAAAGUCAAGAUCAAGGCCACAGUCAUCGACCAGGGCAAGUCUUGAGCGCGCUUCCCCGUGGCAAAAAGCUACAGACAUUAAACAAUCCGCCUCUUUUCAACCGCCGACCUCGAAGUCGAGUAAACCAGCAGUCGAGUCGAUCCAUACAGCGCCGAUCUCAACGUCAUAGUCUCGAUCUGUCGAGCACUACUGCUGCUGCUUUUCAGGCUGCAAUUAAUGACCCUCGAUCACAACCAGCUGUAGUAACGAACGAAGACUGUACGUUCGAAAGAACGGGCACAAAUAGUACAGACACAAUAAAUGCCUCGUCAUCACGUCAUCGUCAUCGUGCUUCGAGUUCUUCUACAUCAGCCGUUGGCGGUACAAAUGCGUUUUAUCGAUCCAUUUCUGAGUCGUACAUGAACAUUAUCUCGGAUCUCACAGAUACAUUACAUCAACAACGUGAUCGUCAACGUGAUCGUCAGGAACUGCGCCGACGUCAAAAAGCACUCAUGAAAGACUUACCAAACAUGUCAUUUAAUAAUCCAUUGGGCAAGUACUAUGUGGCGACCAUUGAGCCGAUGCGACACCAGAUAACUGGAAGUAACUACCGUCUUCCGGUUGCACCAAGUGACGAGUAUUUGCGUUGGGGACAGCCCAUGUCGGUGGUCGCAAAGUUUAACAAUCGAGCGUGUGGCAUUCGACCACGUGAGUAUUACAAAGAUAGCGAUUUGUACCUUACAACUGAAGCAAAACCUACCACAAUGGUGCCAUUGCGUGAAGACGGCGAUCUUAAGUGCAUGGCUAAGGAAUCCACACGAUUGCUUGCACAUUUGGAACAACGACACGUAAGUUUAAGUGUGGGUACGUACAAUGUGUGGAUGUUACCACGUAAAGUGAGUGCAUUUACCAGUGUGUCGCCCAAGAAAAAUACGCGUGCACGUUUGAUUGGCGAUAUGUUGCCUCCGUGUGACAUUUGGGUUCUUACUGAGUGUUUUGAUUAUCGAGCGCGUGAUAUUUUACUCGAUAAAAUGUCUGAUGCUGGCUAUUUUUUCUUUUCCCCCACGGUGGGACAUAAGCGCGUCAACAAGUCGAAUAUGCGUAAGCUGCUGAACGGCGGCGUGUUGCUUGCAAGUAAAUACCCAAUUCUUAGCGUGCGUGUCAAGCUGUUUGAAGUGCACGUGUUUGCAACCCAUCUACAAGCGUGGAAUGACCCACUUUCGCGAACGAUGCGUAAAUUACAGAUGGAAACAGUUGCUAGAUUCAUGCGCGCUAUGGACAUUGACGAAGCGAACGACGUGGUGUUGGUCGUAGGUGACUUGAAUGUCGACUUUUGGCUAAACAAGACGAAUCAGGAGUAUGACGAGAUGCUCAGCAUUUUUGGAGCCGUAGACUCAUCAGUCGUGUGUCAGCAUCAACUGAAUUUUUCGGAGAAGAAACAAAGCGCUGCUGACUUCAAACACACACGUAAGUACAGCUUUGAUCCUCGAGUGAACUCGCUGGCUGCUGAAGGUUUGAGUACCGAUGGAAGUCUCGAGCUGCUUGACUAUAUCCUAUACUCGCGUACACAUCGUCAGCCCGAGACGGCAUCUAGUUGGUUGUCAGUGAGUUUACCUUUGAAAUGUAAGAUACGACUGGAUGCUGAGAAGGGGAUGCCAUGGAUUAUCGGGAAUUUUUAA